UGUGAAACAGUAACAGCAGCAGUACAAGUUGUUGUAAUGGACUUGUUGUAAUAAUGGUUACAGCAGUGAUUUACUUUAAAAAUAAAAAUAAAAAAGAAAGUAAAAAAAAAAAAAAAAAAAGGAAGCUGGUGGAGGUCGCCAAAGAUGAGAAGCAGCCCAUAAUAAGACUCUUCACCGCAAUGAGUGGACGUCAAAACGAGGAGAGCUGACUCCGAAAAAGGAAGAAGCUGUUUGGUCAUGUGGGAAGUUGUGACAUUCCCGUGUUUUGUCAGACGGACAGAGGGUCGGUGGCAGGCUCGUCUCGGGGCAGUUCAGGUAUUAAGCAGCCGCAGUUUGUCGAUGUGGGCGCGGUGGUGCAGGUCUGCAUGGAGGAAGAGGAGGUGUUCGGUAUUUUCUUCGCACAGGAGAAACUCUGAAGGUUUUACCUGUUUGCACAACGCGAGGACGAGGACAACAUGAGGACGCAGGCUCUUCAGCUGCUUUUCAGUUGUUUAUACCUACAGGUAACAACGUGCUACCAGACAUGCACAUUAUAUGGUCUUGUAGCUGCUUGCGCCUUCCAGAAACACCACUGGGUUCCUGCUCUGCCUCCCAACAUCACCCACCUCUACCUGGAGUGUAACUACAUCAGAGAGAUUAACAGCACCUCACUCAGAGACUAUGACCAGCUACAAGAGUUAGAUCUUGGCAAGCAGGAAGUGCCGCUUGUCAUAAGGAACAACGCUUUCCUCAGGCAGAGAAAACUGACAAAGUUGGUUCUAGGAUUCAAUAAUGAUCUUCAGCUGGAACCGAGGGCAUUUGCAGGACUGUUCAAUUUACAAAACCUCGAUUUGGAUCAUUGCAGUUUGAGAGACACCAUACUUUCGGAAAGCUAUCUGCAGCCCCUUUUGUCCUUAGAAAUCCUUGACCUCAGUUACAACAAAAUAGAGAGACUCCGCCCGGGACAGUUCUUUUCAAAACUCAGAAAGUUCACACAGUUAAACCUUAAAUUGAAUCAGAUCAAAAUAUUUUGCGAAGAGGAUCUUGUAGGUUUCAGGGGGAAGAACUUCGAACUCCUGAACUUGAACUCCAACCACUAUGGUAGAGAUAGUCAAGAUUUUAACUGGGAAAGUUGUGGGAACCCUUUCAGAGGGAUGGCCUUUAAUACCCUUGAUUUAUCCAGCAAUGGCUUCAACAUCGACACAACAAGACAAUUUUUCAAAGCAAUACAGGGGACUCAGAUUGUUCAUCUCAUAUUCUUUGGAUACCUGGGUAAAGGCUUUUCGUUUGACAACUUACCUGAUCCAGAUGAAAACACAUUCGAAGGCCUCAUGAACAGUGGCAUUGACAAUUUUGAUCUGUCUCAAAACUAUAUAUUUGCUUUGAAAAGAGCUGUUUUUAUCCCCCUAAAGGUUGCAAGAAUUAUUAACAUUUCCAAAAACAAAAUCAAUCAGGUUAACAGAAAUGCUUUCGAUGGUCUUCAGGGACAUUUACGGCUGCUCAACCUGUCAUCCAACCUGCUAGGAAAAAUAUACUCACACACGUUCACCAAUCUGACAGACCUUAGGGUGUUGGAUUUGUCUUACAACCACAUUGGUGUACUGGGAUACAAAGCCUUCAGUGGUCUUCCCAAAUUGCGAGCAUUAUAUCUGACAGGAAACUCGCUGCGACACCUGGGUUCUCCUGCAUCCUUAACAAACUUAGAUUUUCUCCUUUUGGGUGACAAUAAAUUGGCAUCACUAAGCAGUAUCACUGACUUGGGUGUGAACAGCAUGCAUGUGGAUGUUACAGACAACAGAUUAACGAACUUGGAGGAUUAUUAUUUCAUAAUGACUCAUUUCAAGCGUCUCCAGAAUUUCUUCUACAGUGGCAACUUCAUCAAGUGGUGCACACUAAAUGGGAAUAUUACAGUACCUUAUAAUAAUAGUUUGGAAGUGUUAGAUCUUCAUGACAGUUCCCUCCAGGUAAUCUGGGAACAGGGGGAAUGCCUUGACCUGUUUGAUCGUCUUGAAAAUCUUAAGUCUCUCAGCAUAAGCUUCAACUCACUCAAGAUUCUCCCACAAGGGAUUUUCAGAGGUCUCAGCUCGAUCAUAGAGAUGGACCUCUCAUCUAAUUCCUUGACCUACCUGCAGCCGGGUGUCUUUCCUCUCAGCCUGAAAAGUCUAAGCCUUUCAAACAACUUCUUAGCCUCCCCAGAUCCUAAUACUUUUCAGUCUCUCAUCUUCCUCAGCCUGGCAGAAAAUCGGUUUCUUUGUGAUUGUAAUCUGGAGAGCUUCCUGAAGUGGUUGAAUGAGACGAAUGUAACUGUCCAGGGUGCUUAUGAGUACAGAUGUGAGUUUCCAGCUGCUUUCCAUAACCUUCCUCUUCUUCAUUACACCACAAUGAUCGAACCUUGCGAGGAGGAUGAUGAACAGGCUGUCCAGCUUCUUAAGUUUGCUCUCUUCAUCGUUUCUGGAAUCCUCAGCAUCAUUGUCACCCUCAGCGGGAUUGUUUAUGCCCAUCUCCGAGGGCACAUAUUCAUCAUCUACAAAAAGAUGGUUGGCAGGAUUCUCGAGGGCCCAAAACCGAUGCUUCCAGAGGAGGAGGUGCAGUACAAUGUCUUCCUCUGCUUCAGCAACACUGACUACAGCUGGGUGGAAGCUGCUUUGCUGAAUAAGCUCGAUAACCAGUUUGCAGAGGAGAACAGCUUCCACUGUUGUUUUGAGGCCAGAGACUUCCUGCCAGGUGAAGAUCACCUCUCUAACAUCAGAGGCGCCAUCUGGAGCAGCAGUAAGACCGUGUGCGUCAUCUCCAAGGAGUUCCUCAAGGAUGGCUGGUGCUUGGAGGCGUUAACCUUGGCCCAGAGCCGGAUGCUGGAAGAGCUGACAAACAUCUUGAUCAUCUUGGUGGUAGGGAGGGUGACUGACUACCAGCUGAUGAAGUACGAUGCGAUCAGACCUUUCGUUAAGAGGAGAGAGUACCUCAUCUGGCCAGAGGACCCUCAGGACCUGGAGUGGUUUUAUGAACGACUGACCUCACAGAUACUCAAAAACACCAAGGUGAAGAAGUUUGCAGAGGACAAACCUGAGCCUAAAGUUCAGCCUCAACAUGAGGACGUUGUCCAGCUGGAGAACAUCGGACCAACUGCCAUGUGAACUCUGACUGUAUGUUACAGAACCCCUGCUUUAACAUCCAUGACGCCGAAGUGUCACCAGUUAACUGGUUCUCAGGCUCCUUAGCAGUUGUGUUUAUAAGCAUUUACAGCACUCCAAUUACCUGAACAGUACAAAUCAAUGAUUGUUGUUAUGUUUUUGGAAUUAGUCAAAUGUGUAAUGUGCCUGAUUAAUCAAGUGUUAACUGUAACUGUUUGGUAAGGAUUUACUAGUCAGCUGUUCUCACCAACAUCAAAUGUUGGCAGUAACAUAGCUCUGUUCACUGAGUUAGAAGAGAGAAAGUCUCUUUUUUUUUUUUUUUUUUAAAUCACUGCAGGUGUUGCGUAACGGCAGCUCCAGGCAGACCUCAACAUGGGUGUGUUGAAAAGUGGCUGGCUAUUUUGGUUUGUCAGCAUGUUGAGAGCUGCCGUUGAUCUCAUGAUUUCUAUUCUGCGUGAGGGCGUUUGCAGAAAUCAGAUCAGAUCCCUGCAACAGCAACCAGAAAGUGUUUGGUGUUUUUAUCGAUGACCUAUGACUCAUUAUCAAAACCGUCUAACUGAUUUUCAUUCAAAUGAUCAUGUAAUGCUAACAAGUAAAACAAUACCUCAUGUUUCUCUGUAAAGUGUUGUCACCUGAAGCCUUUUAAAAAUAAAGGCUGUUCCUUGUG